AUGCCCAAACGAGAUGAACAAUACAAAAAGAACCGUAAUGAUGACGAUCGUCAUUCAUGGAAUGUACAGCCAAUCACAAACAAAAAGAAAAAAUUAUCAACUAUUAAUGAUGAAAAUGAUCUGAUGAACUCGUGGACUACUGUAAUUUUAUGUGAUUUUUCAAAUUGGUCUCAAUCGGAACCAAACAAAUCAACGAUUCGGAGAUUGGAAUUUCUAUUGAAAGACAAAUUUACAAAUCAACAAAUUGGAGCCGUGAAAUGGUUAAAUGCUCGAGAACAACAAUACAAGGACUUCUUUCCGAUUGAAUUUAUGUACGACCCCAAUUUUAUUUUGGAUCAUAUUAAAAAGUAUGGAUAUGGAUUGAAGAUGGCUACAAAAGCCUUAAAAGAAAAUACAGACUUUGUAAAGCAAGUGGUCCAACUACAGGGAGCAGAGUUAUGCCAUGCGCAACGUGAAUUGAAGAGUAAUCGAGAUAUUGUGUGGACUGCUGUGUGUCAAAACGGUGAGGCUCUGCAAUUCGCUCGAAAAAUGUUACGAAGCGACUGUGAGAUUGUAUUGAAAGCAAUUGAAAGUUGUGCCAAAGCCAUACUAUAUGCCACUAAUAGUUUAAAAAGGGAUACAGACUUUUUACUGAAAGCAAUUGAACGAAAUGAAGAAGUCUUACGUUAUUGUGAAACGCAGAGUAGAGAUUUUCACUUGGAGGCCUUAAAAGUAAAUUCCAAAGCACUGCGAUGGGCAAGUGCAACCGUUCGCAAGCACCAAAAUGUUAUGGAGACAGCUUUAAAGAUUGUUCAUCCAGAAAUUGAAACAAUCGAUUGGGACAACAAAGAAAUGAUAAUGAAAUUUGUUUCAUCUGAUGCAUGUUCAUUGAAAUAUGCUUCACCUAACUUGAAGAACGACAAAGAAGUGGUAGCAGCAGCGACCAGAAAUUUUGCAGGUGCAUUGUCCUUUGCGUCAGAUUCGUUGAAAGAUGAUAAAGAAUUUAUAUUGUCAACAAUCAUUCCACAAAAUGUUGAUGCAGUGAAAUAUAUUUCUGAAAGACUACGAGGAGACAAGCAAAUCAUGUUGGAAGCUGUGAAAAGAAAUGGAGAAUUAUUUCCAUACGCUUCCGACGAGUUACGCAAUGAUAGAGAUGUUGUACUAACAGCAGUCAAUCAUGGUGGUAAGCCAUUACGAUUUAUAUCUCCUUCUUUACAACAAGAUGAAGAAAUUGUACUAUUAUCUGCGAUGAAACAAAAUAAUAGAGAAAUAAGAAUAGCAAAUAAGAGCCUAUUUUGCCAAAAGCACUUCUUGCUGAAAGCUAUAAAGGUUAAUAGACACGCAAUGGCACUUGCUGCUCGAUCCCUACGACAAGAUAGAGAGUUUUUCUUGCAAGCAGUGAAGGUGAAUGGAUUCGUUUUGCAAAAUGUUGGUUUUGAAGAAUUCGAGCAUGAUGAAGAACUUGUGUUGGCUGCAGUCAGACAAAAUGGUGCUGCAUUACAAUUUGCAGAUGAUUAUUUGCAAGACAAUGAACGCUUCAUAUUGGAGGCUCUUUUAUCGAAUGGAUAUGUUAGAGAAUUUAGUGAAAGGUUAUAUCGAAUUCGAAUGGAAACAUGUUACUUUAAUGUUUAUUUAGGUGCUCACUGUGUGGAGCAUCGAGUUGACCAUAGUGCAGAACAUGACGAUGAAACGUCUGAUGAAACUUCGUCCUCUUCAUCUUCAAGCAGUUUUGAUGAUGAAUAUUCUGAUACCACAAAUUUUUUCAUCUAA